GGAGAAUCCAGAGUAUUAAAGUUCCAUUUUGAUUUUGGCGACGAUGAACAGAGUUUAGAGAAAUUUGCAUCGAAGAAGAGAAGAUUUUUGGAUUUUGUGUAGUGGGAGAAGAGAAAACCCUAGCUAGGGACAUGAUCAGAUGUGGCUUGUGAAUUAGAGAAAGAGCAGUGUGCAAAUAUGAUGAACACUUCGAAUGGAGUGAUCUCUGCGCCUUCUUCUUCGUCAGCGAAUCCUCAGUCUCCGGGAAUCAAAACGUAUUUCAAGACGCCUGAAGGGAAGUACAAGCUCCACUACGAGAAGACGCAUCCCUCUGGGCUUCUUCACUAUACUCAUGGCAAAACUGUCACUCAGGUUACUCUAGCUCACCUUAAGGAUAAACCUGCUCCAUCGACACCAACUGGUACCUCGUCAAGUUACACUGCUAGUAGCGGUUUCCGGUCAGCAACAGCAAGGUUGUUAGGUGGUGGGAAUGGUCACCGUGCGCUUAGUUUUGUUGGAAGUAAUGGAGGGACCAAAAAUGUGGGUGCAAGUUCAAGAAUCGGUGCCUCCUUCGCUGCUUCUAGUUCUAGUACCUCGGCUACUAAUACAAAUUUCGAUGGGAGAGGAACUUACUUAGUCUUCAAUGUGGGUGACGCUAUUUUUAUUAGUGACUUGAACUCACAAGACAAGGAUCCAGUAAAGUCUAUACAUAUCAGCAAUUCGAACCCUAUGUGCCACGCAUUUGAUCCAGAUGCUAAGGAUGGACAUGAUCUACUUAUUGGGCUAAACUCUGGGGAUGUCUACACCGUAUCACUAAGACAGCAGUUACAGGAUGUUGGUAAGAAGCUUGUUAGUGCUCAGCAUUAUAACAAAGAUGGUUCUGUAAAUAACAGCCGCUGUACUAGUAUUGCUUGGGUGCCUGGAGGUGAUGGAUCCUUUGUUGCUGCUCAUGCUGAUGGAAAUUUGUACGUAUAUGAGAAGAAUAAAGAAGGUGCAACUGAUUCUUCAUUUUCUGCUAUAAGGGAUCCUACACAAUUUUCAGUGGACAAAGCAAAAUAUAGCAAGAGUAAUCCAGUAGCGAGAUGGCAUAUUGGGCAAGGUGCGAUUAAUUGCAUUGCAUUUUCAAAUGAUGGAGCAUACUUGGCAACUGUUGGAAGAGAUGGUUAUCUUCGAAUUUUUGAUUUCUCGACCCAAAAGCUAGUGUGUGGUGUAAAAAGUUAUUAUGGUGCUCUAUUGUGUUGUGCUUGGAGUAUGGAUGGAAAGUACCUUUUGACUGGAGGUGAAGAUGACUUGGUUCAAGUGUGGAGUAUGGAAGAUCGAAAGGUUGUGGCGUGGGGUGAGGGACACAAUUCGUGGGUAAGUGGUGUGGCGUUUGAUUCGUAUUGGUCGUCACCAAAUUCAGAGGGCUCUGGUGAGAAUGUCAUGUAUCGGUUUGGUUCUGUUGGUCAGGACACACAGUUACUGCUAUGGGACCUAGAAAUGGAUGAGAUUGUUGUUCCCCUUCGGCGGCCUCCAGGAGGAUCACCCACUUACAGCACAGGAAGUCAAUCCGCUCACUGGGACAACAUUUUUCCAAUGGGCACUCUUCAGCCAGCGCCGUGCAUGCGCGACGUCCCAAAGCUCUCACCAGUAGUGGCUCACCGUGUUCACACCGAGCCCCUCUCGGGCUUGAUCUUCACGCAAGAAUCAUUGAUAACAGCUUGCAGAGAAGGCCAUUUAAAGAUCUGGACACGACCUGACACUCAGUCCAGCAGCUCAGAAGCAACAAAUCCAACCACAAGCAAACCGUUGCUGACCAGCAAGGUCGGUAGUUCCAGUUAACUCAGUCACCAUUUAAAUCAUAUUGUUUCAGGUCUUGGUUUCGAAAGGAAUCCCUCUGAAUAGCUCUCCUCGGUUCUGAAUCUGACUUUAUUGAUGUGUGUGAGAGGCUGAGACAUUUCUGGGGAUUGCUGGAGACGAAAGAGAUGAAAGAGACGAAGACAGUUUUCGAAUGUAAUUAGAAGAAAACAGAUUUUUUGGA